CCGAUCUGAUCCGCUGUUUUCCGCUCGGCUGUGUCGAUCAGCGUUUGAGAGGCGGAAGGGGGGAUUCUGUUAUUAUCGGUAACAGAUAUCCGAGUCGACCUGCGGACCGGGCGACGCGACAUUGAGGCGGAGAGGCCCUGCUAAAGCGCCAGGAUGUUGAAUAUGUGGAAAGUCAGAGAGCUGGUGGACAAAGCCACCAACGUUGUAAUGAACUACUCUGAAAUAGAGUCCAAGGUUCGAGAAGCCACCAAUGAUGACCCAUGGGGCCCGUCCGGUCAGCUGAUGGGGGAGAUUGCCAAAUCCACAUUCAUGUAUGAGCAGUUUCCUGAGGUCAUGAACAUGCUCUGGACCAGAAUGCUCAAAGAUAACAAGAAGAACUGGAGAAGAGUUUACAAGACCUUGUUACUAUUAGCGUACCUCAUCAGAAACGGGUCGGAGCGGGUGGUCACCAGUGCCAGAGAACAUAUCUAUGACCUGCGGUCUUUGGAAAAUUAUCAUUUUGUAGAUGAAAAUGGAAAGGACCAGGGCAUCAAUGUACGGCAGAAGGUCAAAGAAAUGGUAGAGUUUGUCCAGGAUGAUGACCGGUUACGUGAGGAGAGGAAAAAAGCCAAGAAGAACAAGGACAAAUACAUCGGAGUGUCUUCAGACAGCAUGGGCGGCUUCAAACAAAGUAACUCUGGAGAGAAAUUUGACUCUGAAUCCAAGAACAAAUGGGACGAGGAAUGGGACAAGAACAAAAGCACCUUCCCCUUUAGUGAAAAGCUCGGUGAGAUAAGCGACAAAAUUGGCAACACCAUUGAUGACACCAUCAACAAAUUCCGUAAAAAGGAGAGGGAUGACUCGCCUGACAGAGUCAGUGACAAUGAAGAAGACAAAGUUUCACGGAACGGUCGACCUGCAAAGUCAGAAUUCAAAGAUGAUGAGGAGACGGUAACAACAAAGAGCGUCCAGAUAACACAGACCACAGAUACUAGCACCACACGCAAACGCGGCGGAGUCCCGUCCAAAACCGUCGAUCUGGGUGCUGCUGCUCACUACACUGGUGACAAAAGCAGCCCGGAUCAUGACAUCACAAAGGAGUCGGACAACCAGUCAUCCAGCACAGGACUUGCUGAUCUGUUGAUGGUGGAUUCUGCCUCAGGUCAGCCAGUGUUCAAAGGUGGAAGCUCAGACCUCAUCGGUGACUUCGCAGAUUUUUCAUCACCUGCCGCCUCUGCUAUUCUCCCUUCAGCAGCUGGUUCCGUGUCCACUGGCAAUGGGGAGUUUGGUGACUGGAACGCCUUCUCCUCCACCAGUCCCCCUGCCUCCAAUGCCCAGCCUGCAGUCUCAAACCUGUUCAUUGAUGUCAACAUCCCGCCUGCCCCAACAUCCAACCAACCGCCUUCCGCUGACCUCUUUGACCUGAUGGCCAGCAACAACAGCAGUCUCAGUGCGUCCCAAAGCAUGACCUUCAACAUGUGCUCGCAGACUGCAGCCAUGUCCAGAUCGCAGACAAUAGGUGGUCCAUUAUUGCACCAGCAGAUGGGGCUACAGAAAUCAGGAGGAAGGGUUUCCAUGCCCGCAACCUGGUCAGACCCGAGCGUGAACAUUAGCCUGGAUUUCCUUUCUGCAGGCUUGAACCCACCAAAGCCCUCACAGCCCACACUCAAUACAAUGAUGCAGCAAGGUGUUCAACCGCCAUUAAACAUGGUAACCCAGAAUUUUUCCGGAAUCACACUUAAUACCCAGCCAUCGGCAGCUACUGCCAUAGCAGGAAUGAACCCCAUGAUGCCCGCAGGAGGAGCGUUGGGCAUGGGAAUGCCCCCUACCAUGGCAACAGGCGCUAUGGGAAUGGGGUCUGUGGCCAUCGGAGGCAUGCCUGCCAAUCAAGGACUAAUAGGUAUAAAUAUGAACAUGGCACCCACUGGAAUCGGCCUACAAGGUGUGCCCAGCAUGGGUAUUGGUCAAGGUAUGAAUCCCGCCCUGGUGCAACCUAAACAAGAUGCCUUCGCAAAUUUCGGCAACUUCGAAAAAUGAAGGAUGAUCCAAUUCCAGGGGGUUACCGGUCCAAAUACACCUUCGCAAAGAAGGAGCUGCAUCCAGUAAUAUGGACAAAACGGACAAAACGAGCCAGUGACACAACACUUCAAUCAUUUGUCCUUAUACAUUAACAGAUAACCAGAAAAAAACCAGAAUCAACUUUUCAUUCCUGUUGGGUUGGUAAUCGAAGGGCGGAUUUUUUUUGUAAAUGGAGCAUAGCAUAUUAUAUACUUUAAAAUACGGCUGUAUACAGUUUGGUACGUUUUCCCACUGUCUAGAAACUACAUUUUUGGUCACGGCCCCCUUUCAUCAUUUCAAAUACGAUUGCGUUCAGAAAUUACCUCAUAAUUUGAAUUAUUCAUGCUGUGAUUUUAAGACUUCUAGUGGUUGACGUUGUAAAUAUCUUGGUAUGCAGAAAAUAAAUUAUUUUACUCUGUUCUCAGAUGGUAUGAAAUGGGACAGAUUACCACA